AUGAAGCCUGUUCUUCAGGAUAUCUAUCUGGAGAUCUUGGGUGACUUUGCUGUCCCUGUGCAGCGAACCCAGGCUCUUCAGGGGAGACAAGAUGCCUCGACAACAAAGUUUGUUGUCGCCCACCAUAUUGUGGGAAACACCUUCCCAUACACCAUACAGGAUUGGGCGGACGACAUCACCCUUGCCCACGCCUCGGGAAUCGAUGGCUUCGCCUUGAACUUGGGACCUGAUGAUUUCCAGAAAGCUCGUAUUGCAGAUGCGUAUCAAGCUGCACAAAAUUCUGGUCUUGGUUUCAAAAUGUUCCUAUCUUUGGAUAUGUCAGUUUUCCCUUGUGCCACGCCCGAUGAUGCCCAAGCUUUGCGAACACUGGUUAAUACCUAUGUGUCCCAUCCAAACCAGCUGCAAUUUAAUUCAAAAGCAUUCGUUUCUACCUUCGCCGGAGAAUCUUGUACUUUCGGCCAGGACAGCGUCCCAGAUGGCUGGAGGUCACAGUUCACCCAGAACCCAGAUCUUCAAGGCAAAAUCUUCUUUGCGCCUUCCUUCUUCAUCGAUCCUGCAACCUUUGUCGACUUUACGGGUGUCAUGGAUGGCGAUUUUAACUUCAACUCAGGAUGGCCUAUACAGGUUACUACCGCUUUUGCUCAAAACGCAGAGGCUACAGCAACGCCUGCAGACAAAGACCCCAGCAACCUUGGAAUUGUAACUGACAGUCCAGCAGAUGCCGUACCAGAUCCUACCAUCUCCACCUUGGAGAAUGCUGUCGCUGCAGUCAUCGGCGACCAACAUCUGGCCCUAUCCAAGUUUAUCGGUUCGACCGACACGGACAAUCAGCAUCUGUCAGGCCUUGCAGCUCUGUCCGCAGCGGAUGGCGGAGUGAAAAAAGGAUAUAUGGCCGCUGUUGCCCCUUGGUUCUUCACACAUUUCGGUGCUGAUUCUUUCAAUAAAAAUUUCAUUUUCCUAGAUGACCAGCAUCUCUACGCGAAAAGAUGGGAUUCUUUGAUUGCUCAACGUGACCUCUUUGACAUUGUCGAGAUCGUUACUUGGAACGAUUAUGGAGAAUCUCACUAUGUUGGACCUAUCAAAGGCGACCAGCCCCCUCAGAGCAGAGUUUGGACAGAUGGAUUCGAUCAUACUGCCUGGCUCGAACUUACUCAAUAUUAUGCAACUGCAUACAAAACUGGCUCCUUCCCAGAGGUCCCCAAGGACAAAAUUGUCAUGUGGUCCCGCCCUCAUUCGACAACCGCGCAGGCCCCUGACCCAGUCCCACAACCUACUAACUUCGAAAUUCUUCAAGAUGCUGUCUGGGCAAUCGUCAUGACCACAGCACCUGCUUCCGUCGUCCUCUCCACCUCCGCCACCAACUCCUUGACCUUCCAAGUCCCAGCCGGCGUCUCCAAACUCGCCAUCCCAAUUGCACCAGGAGACACAAUGAGCGGUGAAAUUCAACGCGACGGGCAGACUGUCGUCAGUCUCAACCCCUCCGGCUUUUCGUUCAACCCCAACCCGCAAACUUUCAACUUCAACGCGUUUGUUGCUAGUGCCACUGCGCCUUGA